AUGGCUUUAGCCAGGCUGCCAGUGGUGAGUGAGUGCUCGCCGCAGCAGACAGCCAGAGUGUCGGUAGCAGCGGGUUCGUCGGGAUCGGUGAACGCGGCCGCAUCAGCUGCCGCGGCCGCGGCGGCCGCCGUCGUGGCCGGUGCACCGAGCAGCAGCACCAUGUCCGUAUCACGGGUACCCAGCCCGCCUCCUUCGUCCGAGGCGAACACACCCGUGGCGGAGAACUGGUGCUAUACACAGGUGAAAGUUGUUAAGUUCAGUUACAUGUGGACUAUUAACAACUUCAGUUUUUGUCGGGAAGAAAUGGGCGAAGUUUUAAAAUCGUCUACAUUCUCCGCCGGAAUAAACGACAAACUGAAAUGGUGUUUGCGAGUGAAUCCUAAAGGCUUAGACGAGGAAAGCAAAGACUAUUUGUCUUUGUACUUACUACUAGUCUCGUGCAACAAGACUGAGGUUAGAGCGAAAUUCAAAUUCUCAAUUCUAAAUGCCAAACGAGAAGAAACUAAGGCUAUGGAGAGUCAAAGGGCUUAUAGAUUCGUUCAAGGAAAGGAUUGGGGGUUCAAAAAAUUCAUUAGGCGUGAUUUUCUAUUAGACGAAGCUAAUGGUCUUUUACCCGAUGAUAAACUUACCAUAUUUUGCGAGGUAAGCGUCGUAGCUGAUAGUGUCAACAUAUCCGGUCAGUCAAAUGCAGUCCAAUUUAAAGUACCUGAAUGCCGUCUGCCCGACGAUCUAGGAAAUUUAUUCGAAAUACAAAAAUUUAGUGAUGUAACGCUUUCGGUUAGCGGGCGAGAAUUCCAAGCACACAAAGCUAUACUUGCCGCGAGAAGUCCCGUGUUCGCCGCCAUGUUUGAACACGAGAUGGAAGAACGCAAACAGAACCGUGUCGCCAUUACCGACGUGGAUCACGAAGUCCUCAGAGAAAUGCUUCGGUUUAUCUACACCGGUCGGGCAGCGAAUUUAGAGAGAAUGGCUGACGAUUUGUUAGCGGCAGCCGACAAGUACGCUCUAGAGAGGCUGAAAGUCAUGUGCGAAGAAGCGCUGUGUAACAAUCUGUCGAUCGACAACGCGGCAGAUAUAUUAAUAUUGGCCGAUCUACACAGUGCCGACCAACUGAAAGUACAAACAAUCGAGUUUAUUAACACCCAUGCGACCGACGUAAUGGACACUACUGGCUGGAAAACCAUGAUACAGUCGCACCCACACCUAAUAGCUGAAGCGUUUCGCGCGCUAGCCACACAGCAAAUACCGCCAAUUGGACCGCCCCGAAAGCGCGUUAAACAAAGCUGA